UCAGUCUGGCCUGAAUUGUAAUAGAAAUUGCAAAGAAAAAUAUCCAAACAGUCAUUUGGUCAGAGAAAAAUAAUACAAACAAAUAGUAGAGGAGUUCAAAUUUCAUAUUUUAAGGGAUUGGCGUUACGGUCCCGAAUGAUGAUUGCUCUCUCCAGCACUAACGAAUGGUUCUCUCUGUGCCAGGUUGGUGAGUUAGACGCCGGUGUCCUGGGCUGUCGCUCCCUCAUUGCGAGGCCGGUGCCCCCCUUCCCCCCCCCCCCCUCCGUCCCCACCCCGGUGCCCAACAGCGUGUGGAGACCUGCCACACCGCUUGCCCGCCACACCACGGCCUUCACCUGCGUGCUCCAGUGUUUCCCGUGCGAACCCACCUGCCUCAGCGCCUCGUGGAGCAGCCCGGAGUUCGCGCUGCGUCCGGUGGCCCCCAUGGUGAAGAUGACGAGAUCCAAGACGUUCCAGGCCUACCUUCCCACCUGCCACAGGACGUACAGUUGCAUCCACUGCCGGGCACACCUCGCCAACCACGACGAACUUAUUUCCAAGUCUUUUCAAGGGAGCCAAGGCCGAGCUUACCUGUUUAAUUCAGUAGUUAACGUGGGCUGUGGACCAGCGGAGGAGCGAGUUUUACUCACAGGCCUGCAUGCGGUGGCAGAUAUAUACUGUGAAAACUGCAAAACCACACUGGGCUGGAAAUAUGAACAUGCCUUCGAGAGUAGCCAGAAGUACAAGGAAGGGAAGUACAUCAUAGAACUUGCUCACAUGAUUAAGGACAAUGGCUGGGAGUGACCGAAGCUGAUGCUGGAGCCGACUGCUGAGUUGUCAACCCUGAAGCAGGAAAAGUAACUGAAGGCUUUGGUUGUACAUGUACAGGGGGGAGCUGGGCUGCUCGACUCCACCUGCCAGAUGCCUGCCUCUGCAUUUCUCUCUCGUCGUCAUCAUUCCCCCCCUCCUGCUCCCUCCCUCUCUCCCCCCCCCCCCCCCCGUCUUUUCUGCUUCUCCUCCUCUGGCCGAAUGUCCCUGGCCUCCCCCUCUCCAUCGUGGUGUCGGCUGAGUGAUCGCAUCAAAGCUUGAGGGUGUUCUGCUUCCCAUGGCGUUUUCCCCAGGUUUGCAUUGAGAGCAGUUUCAGCGAUGUUCGUCUGAGCACACCCCUCUGGAACAUGCCAGGAGGGGGAGGGAAGCAAGCGGGGAGUUGGCAGCCGAGUCCUUGGGCUGUGAUGGGACCUGGAGCUUUGGUGUGUCCCAUCCAUCUGUUCAGCUGAUCCAACCCCCUUCCUUGGGUUCCUCCAUGCUGGGCCAUGCUCCCCCAGCCUGGUGUACACAGGGAGAUGCCUGCCCUCCCCAGAACGAAGGAAGUCAUUGCCCUCAUGCCUUGAGCCAAAGUGUAUCCUCACCACCCCUCUCGCUCCAGCCUUGCAGUGCUGAUGCUGCAUUUGAUUGGUGCACUGACAGGAACAGGUUGAGGGGCAGAAUGGCCUCCCCCCAAGGAUGGGCUGCCUUUGGACCAAUGAGAGGGGACACCGGUCACUCCACAAAUUCUCCUCCAAGGGCACCACUGGUGCCACAAUUGUGUUAGAAUGUGUUGCCAGGAGUAAGCAUGGUGAGCUGCUAUAUACUCAUCUGAAGGGAAUCAUGAUGGGUUUGGGCAGACUCUGCCCUGCAAAGCCCCUUCAGUCAUUGUCUCUAGUUUUCCUUGCCCCUCGCCACUGCCAACCUUCCCAAACUUGACCCUGUGAUUCAUCUGAGGUGUUGGUGCCUCUGUGGGGAGAGUGGCUGCUGAUGGUUUGUCCUCUUGCAGCUUCUGAUUCGGCCUUCAGGCCCUCUUCAGUCUGUGGAGGGAGGGAGCAUCUCAGCCACUGUGUGGGUCACUGUGCCUCUGCUGUACACAAGGGGGGGAACGUACCUCCAAAAUAAAGAGAGAAUGAAGCUUCCUGCUGUAGGAUUGUGCAGGGGAGUGGGUGUAAUACCCCAAUCCUAGGCAAUGGCCUUGACAGAAUCUUAAAUUCCAAAGGUGUCAAACAUCAGAGGGAUGGAAUUAAUCGCAUGGUGAGAGGUGGGCAGCGAAUAUCGGCUCCUCCUGCUAGGCUUGGUGAAGCUGCCAGAUUCCAAUCAUAGUCGCAUCCUCUUGGGGGACAUUGGGAGAGGGUCUGCAUCAAGAUAACUGAAGCAUCAGCAACACCACCCUUGGUCCCUUGCUGGUUCCCCCAUUGUUGAAGGAUCCUGUCCACAUUUUCUGCUCGGUUCUGGGUGCUCUCCCUCAGAGAUACUCCAGCUGGUGGGAGUUGCACUAAGGAUUGAUCAGAAUGAUACCAGAGCCAAAGGCAUUGAGAUUUGGGCAGAUUAUAUUAGCAGGGUUGUAGUCCUGACAUUACAGGUGAUUAAAGAGUGAUUAAUUGAGUUGAUUUGGUACAGUAGAUGGAUCCACCCCCUCUCCUCUGCUGGAACAGGUCCAGAAUGAGGCACAACCUUGACAUCAGAGCCAGGAUGUGGAGGGUAAUGUCAGAAGGUUCUUUCUUACACCUGGGGGUGUGCCCUUGCCCAGAAAGCUGAGACCAAGUGUCAGUUGAAAAGGAGACUGGAGGUUUUGAAGGGUGUUUGGGAGGGUGGUCAUCGGGCCAAGGCAGGUAGAUGGAGCAAAGAUACAAAUCAGCCGUAAUCUAAUUGAAUGGCAGAACAGGCUUGAGGGGCUGAAUGGCCUCCUGUUCAUGAAUGCACAGGACUGAUAAUUGGUGCAAAUGACACUUGUGUCAGACCAAUUUUCCUCAUACUCCUUGGUGGGUGAGUGUGGGAGGGACUUGGUCUUGUUCAUAGAAUCUUCAGUUUAGUCAGUAAUUUAAUCAACAGCUAAGUGUUGGGGAAUCGUUUUCUGUCAACGUGGGGGCCUCCUGCCAUUAAGUGACCUGCAGGUAACUGUAAUGGAUCAGAAGUCCCUUUUGAGUAGAUACCUUGCACUUGUCAGCAGCAGACCCUGGCCCAUUACACUUUAGCUUUCUUGAAUCCUCCGUUGUAGCAAAGUAGAGGCAGUGCCGACUGAGCAGUGAAGUCAAAGUGCAGCCAUAGCUUGGCUGUGUAACACUGAAAUCCUCGGCUUGGGCAGGCAGACUGACCUCUGGGCUUUCAUGUGUAGCCCGUCGUGGGCACCCAUUUGUAUGUUGACCAAAGCACCUCUUUGUACACUGUUAGCUGAAUCACCCAGCAAGUCUGACCACAUGAGGCUGUGUUGUCACUGGACUGUGGUUAGUUGGUACCCAAAUGGUACAUGAUGAUCCCUCCCCCCACUGAGUUGUGAACCAAGGUUGUUAGUCACCCUUCACUUUGCCAAAUCCAGCACCAGUUUUGAGUGCCAGGUCCUCCCCCACAGUGCUGGGGGAGCUUUGCACCAUUUACUGUGGCAAGUGUGUGAACUUUGCACACUUGCUUUGGGGUACUCCCGGUAUCCCAAUGACAGCACUGCCAGGGAACACUGUUUGGCACCACUGAAAUCAUCGGCCAAAGAGCCUCUUGUUUCCCUAUGAAGGGAGGGUCUGCAAGACACUUGGACCCACUGUCCAAAGACCAAACCCGAUGGAGUGUGGCCAGUGAACUUGGUGAUGUAGGUGUUUGUAGGGAGAGGAAAAAGCAGAACUUUGCAUCGUGUGUUAGUGGAUCUGUUGUAAAUCCUGCAGCUGACUAGCCAUGCCUGUCCUCUCUGCCACGCAUGUAAAACCACGUGUCCAAAGCAAUACCAUGCAGCCUCCCAGCUGGGUGACCUGUCAUCCACCCGCCAAGCCCCAGUGAUUCACGCAGCCAAUUCUGUUUCCUUGUGGCCAAAGCUGGCUUGUGAUUGGACACUGCUUUGAUGCGACUUUUUCCAACUCUGGCCCCCCCAUUGGCUGCUUGUGGCAAAAGCAGCCCCCUGACAUUGCCUGAUUGGCUAGAGGCCAUGCACUCUGCUGAAUCAUCUCUCGUGUGAUAAUGUGCUGUGCCCCUAUUUAAACAAAUUGCUAAUAUAUAUACAGAACUUUGUCUUAUAUUGUGUACUCUUGUAAAUAUUCAUAUUUAAAAAUGUUUUUAUAAUAUAUUCAGCAAUGCCUGAUCCAACCCUCUGA